AUGGCCACAUCGAAAAAGUCCGUUCGCGAUCAAGCGGAGUUGGUUCGACGCGAGCAGCAUCACGAAGCCGACGUCGUCGUGGUCGGCGCCGGCAUUUUUGGCUGCGCAAUUGCAUGGGCGUUGGGAGAACAGGGCAGAAGUGUCAUUCUAUUGGAGAAGAGUCUGAAGGAGCCCGAUCGGAUCGUGGGCGAGUUGCUACAACMCGGAGGCGUGCAGGCGUUGGAGAAGCUGGGUCUGCGCGAGUGUCUGGACGAAAUCGACGCGAUCAAGGUGUAUGGCUACGAUGUCAUUUACUUUGGCGACGAAGUGCGCAUUCCUUACCCAAUGGAUGCGAACGAUGGACACAACGACAAGGCUCGGCUAGAUGAAAGCAGCUACACCGAUGAAAUGCGAGGGACCAAGAGGAAGCGGCCCGAGGGUCGCUCCUUUCACCACGGCCGAUUUAUUCGAAGACUCCGCGAAAAGGCCAUGUCCAACCCCAACAUUACUGUCGUCGAGGCUGAGGCAACAGACCUUAUCCGCGGUGGCUACACUGAUCAAAUCCUCGGAAUCGAGGCAAAGGUGAACGGCGAGCGCGACUCUUUCUUCGCCGGCCUCACCAUAAUCGCCGACGGCUACUCGAGCAAGUUUCGCAAGGAGUUCCGAACCGAUGCUCCAGUCGUCAAGUCCAAAUUCUGGGGUCUCGAACUCAUCGAUGCAGACCUACCUAUGCAGAAUCACGGCCAUGUCAUCCUUGGAGAUGGCCCGCCAGUUCUGCUGUAUCAAAUCGGCACCCACGAGACACGCGCACUGGUUGACAUUCCCACAAAUCUCCCUACAGCCUCAGUCCAGGCUGGCGGUGUCAAGGGUCAUCUGAAGAAUGUCGUCUUGCCGUCUCUCCCCGAGUCUGUUCGUCCUUCCUUCCAGGCAGCCCUUGAAAACGACAAAUUACGAUCCAUGCCGAAUUCCUGGCUCCCACCUACUACGAAUAUCACACCGGGGCUCGUCAUUCUUGGGGACGCAAUGAACAUGCGUCACCCGUUGACGGGAGGCGGCAUGACUGUUGCCUUUACAGAUGUCGUCCUUCUCCGCGACCUCUUGGCUCCUCAAAAUGUUCACUCACUGGAGGACACCAAACUUGUCCUUAAGCAGAUGCGCACGUUUCACUGGCAACGCAAGAACCUGACUUCUGUCAUCAACAUUCUAGCACAAGCACUUUACUCCCUCUUUGCCGCGCAGGACUCCCAGUUAAAAGCGCUGCAAAUGGGUUGCUUUCACUACUUCAAGCUGGGCGGCAACUGUGUUGAUGGACCCGUCGGACUUCUCGCCGGAAUAAUCAGACGGCCGUUCGUCUUGUUCUACCACUUCUUUGCAGUUGCUCUCUAUGCCAUCUGGCUAUAUAUUACCAGCGCGGGGAUCUUGCGACUACCUUUACGCAUGGUUGGAAGUGUCGGUGUGUUUUGGAAAGCGUGCGUCGUCAUUUUCCCAUACAUCUUCGCAGAGCUUCAGACAUGA